GGAACGGAAGAGGCGGGCAGGUGGAGGCGGGGCCAAGAUGGCGGCGCCUCUGAGGAUCCAGAGCGACUGGGCCCAAGCCCUCAGGAAAGAUGAAGGAGAGGCCUGGCUGAGUUGUCACCCCCCAGGGAAACCAUCUUUGUAUGGCAGCCUAACUUGUCAAGGAAUUGGACUAGAUGGCAUCCCAGAGGUUACAGCUUCGGAAGGAUUUGUUGUGAAUGAAAUAAAUAAGAAAAGCAUUCAUGUUUCGUGUCCAAAGGAAAACACAUCUUCUAAGUUUUUGGCACCAUAUACUAUUUUUUCCAGGAUUCAUACAAAGAGUAUAACAUGCCUGGACAUUUCCAGUGGAGGAGGACUUGGUGUGUCUUCUAGUUCUGAUGGGAGCAUGAAAAUCUGGCAGGCUUCCAAUGGAGAGCUCAGAGUAAAGGAUUUGAAUAUCAUUUGGAGGAGAGUGUUGGAAGGACAUGUAUUUGAUGUGAAUUGUUGUAGGUUUUUCCCAUCAGGCCUUGUGGUUCUGAGUGGGGGAAUGGAUGCUCAGCUGAAGAUUUGGUCAGCAGAAGAUGCUACCUGUGUGGCGACCUUCAAAGGGCACAAAGGAGGUAUCCUGGAUACGGCCAUCGUGGACCGCGGGCGGAAUGUGGUGUCUGGCUCUCGAGAUGGAACAGCACGGCUUUGGGACUGCGGGCGCUCCGCCUGCUUGGGAGUCCUUGCAGACUGUGGUUCUUCCAUUAAUGGAGUGGCAGUGGGUGCUGCCGACAACUCUAUAAACCUUGGCUCCCCGGAGCAGAUGCCCAGUGAACGGGAGGUUGGGACAGAAGCGAAAAUGCUGCUCUUGGCCCGGGAAGAUAAGAAGCUUCAGUGCCUGGGACUACAGAGCAGGCAGCCGGUCUUCCUCUUUAUUGGCUCAGAUGCCUUCAACUGCUGUACUUUUCUCUCUGGCUUCUUGCUAUUGGCUGGAACACAGGAUGGAAACAUUUAUCAGCUGGAUGUGAGGAGUCCGAGUCGUAGAACUCCAGUACGAGUCAUCCACAGAUCAGGAGCACCACUUCUGUCCCUGCUGAACUUCAGAGAUGGAUUCAUUGCUAGCCAAGGUGAUGGAAGCUGUUUUGUUGUUCAGCAAGAUUUAGACUAUGCCAUUGAGCUCACUGGAGCUGACUGUGACCCCGUGUACAAGGUAGCAACAUGGGAGAAGCAAAUCUAUACAUGCUGUCGAGAUGGUCUCUUGAGGCGUUAUCAGCUUUCUGACCUCUGACCUCUUGGAAAGUUACUAAAAAGCAUUGACCCCUGCCUACAAUGAGUGAAAACAUCAUCAGUCCUUCCCAAGGUCUGUGGCUCCUUUGGAAGUCCCAGCAAGUAAGCUAAACUGGCCCAUGUGGAUUUAGCAUCGUAAGAUCUACUUUGAACUAAGGAAGAAGCUCACCUGUAGCUGGCUUGGUGUGCUGCAUGCCUGUCAUCUCAGCACUCUAGGACACUGAGCAAGGAACAAACAGACUUGAUCCUAUCUGGGGGAAUUUAAAGACUUAGCUAUUUCAAAAUAAACAAAAGUUUUCAAGAGCUGGAGAUGUUGCUUAGUCCAGAGGUUUAAUUCCCAGUACUUCCACUUCCACCCCCCCAGAAAAGGGAGGAAGAUGCCCAGCAGCAAUAGCAGCUGCUCAUGUCUGCUCACUGCCUCUGCCCUUGCUUCUCCUUAUGAACCUUCCCUCCCUCACCCCCACCCCCACACAGGGCAAAGAUCUGUAUGUUUGCAGUUUGUUCUCACACCAAGUUGUGUUACUUGUUUACAAGGAGCAGAGGACUAAAAAGCCUAUUCCCUGGAAGAAAUAAAUGUUUGUAGAAACUUGAAUUUGGAAAAGUUUGUGAAAAUUCUCUUACUCCAGUAAGAAGUCAGUGAACAAAAUGCAACUCCUUCCUCAGGAGUCCUUGUUGGUCUGGGCCUAGAGGAGGAUGCUUGGCCAUAGCAGUAAAUAUACCAUAAGCAGCGAUAUGAGAGAGUGUUUUACUUCUUGUACUCAAACUGCCCCAGAACUGGAACUGAGUAGAUCCAGGCAAACACAUGAUUGGUAGCCUGUGUUUAGGUGAGGAAGUAAUCAUGGCAAAGGCAGUGGCUGGCACAGUGUGGUUCCUGGAACAGUGGCAUCACUCUCGAGAACUUUUUAGAAAUCUGUGGGUCCCACCUCACCCGUGAAUCAGAAAUUCCGUGAGUAUAGCCUGCAGUUCGCAUCUCAGCUCCAGGUGAUUGUGCUGCAUGCUCAUGUCUGAGAGGAGGAGAUGCUGAAGGGCACUUUGGGAGCAGCUGUAUCCCAGGGCCCGAGGGUGGUGAGGCUGGGCCUAGGUGACGAGGCUAGAGGGGCAGCUGAGCGCAGACAGUGAAGGAGCGUGAGUGUCAGGUCGGGAGCUUGUACUGACAGCAGGAAGCAGUGAAGAAUGUUAAGUGAAUGGCAUGAUCACCUCUUUUCCCCCCAAAUAUAAAAAGGAAAUUAUAAUUAGGGAUAUUCUCAUUUAUUGUCACUUAGUAUCUCAGAGAUCUUUCUAGCUCAGUCCAUUUAGGCCAGAGUGUGGAUACCAUGUUUCUUAUACUUUAGAGAUUAUUGGAGAAAGAUUUCUUGGAAGGUGCAAGCUUUGACCUGGGCCAUACAGGCUAAGAUUUUAUUAAAGGGAGGAAGGUUGUUCCUGGCUGGAGUAGUAAUAUGGUCAAGAGUUCUUAGUGGUAUAUUCCCAUGUA